AGACUGCAGGAAAAGAAAGGAGCAGAGAGGGAAGGAUAGAACAUUUUGUCCAGCCUGUGAAAUUAUCCCUCUUGGUUUUGCCAUGUUCCUGUCCCGGCAGGAUGAACUGAAAUUCAGCAUGGGAGCAGCAAAUGAAACAGCAGUUACUGAGUUCAUCCUAGAGGGUUUCCCAGGGCUUGAUCAAAGCCUGCAGCUGUUUCUCUCUGUGAUCCUUCUGCUCAUGUACCUGACAACAGUGACAGGGAAUGCAACCAUCAUUUUCCUCGUGUGUGUGGAUCACCACCUGCAAACCCCCAUGUACUUUUUCAUUAGCAACCUGGCGUUCCUGGAAAUCUGGUUUACAUCCUCCACAAGCAUCAAAUUGUUUGCCAUCCUGAGUUCUGACCAGAAAACCAUCUCACUGAGCAGCUGAUUUGCCCAGUCCUAUUUCUAUUUUGCCCUGGGCUGCACAGAGUUUGUCCUGCUUGUUGUCAUGGCCUUUGACCGCUGGGUUGCCAUCUGCCAACCCCUGCACUACGCUGCCACCAUGGAGCCUCAGCUCUGCCUCUGCCUGGUUGUUGCUGCCUGGCUCAUCGGCUUCACCCUCCUGAGCUACCGCCUGCUCUUCCUCUCUCAGCUGUCCUUCUGUGGCUCCAACAGGAUCCCCCAUUUGCUUUGUGACAACUCCCCCUUAUUCAAACUGUCCUGCUCUGACACCAGCCUGCUUUGGAAAAUAGACUCU